CGCCCCUACCCGAGUGGGGGUCCGAGGACACACGCCCCAGCUCGCUCCCCGCUGGGGCGCCCGCCCCUCUCUCCGCCCCUGGCGUGGGCCCGCCCUGCGCCUGUGUCACGGCUGGGCCGCGGGGCGGAGUACGGCCGGGCGGGACAUCCGGCCCUGGUGCCUCCCCGCGCUUGCCUGCAGCCGCCCGCCGCCCGCUCUCCGGGGCCCAGGAGCAGACCACCCCGGCUCCUUGGGUCUCCCCCACCCCACCCCAGCCCUAGCCCUCUCCUCCCUGUCCCCUCCGGCUCUGCCGCUUAACCCGCUUGCCCGGAUCCCGCCUCCCCCAGCCACCCUCGACUUCUCCGGGCCUGCGCAGGCCCCCACCCCGGGAGAACAAUGUUCCCUCGCCCGCUGACCCCGCUGGCGGUCCCAAAUGGCGCUGAGCCCCUGGGCCGCGGCCUGAGACGGGCCCCGGUGGGCAGGGUGCGGGCCGGGCCGGGGGGGCCGCCACUGUUACUGCCGUCCAUGCUGAUGUUUGCAGUGAUCGUGGCCUCCAGCGGGCUGCUGCUCAUGAUUGAGCGGGGUAUCCUGGCCGACGUGAAGCCCCUUCCCCUGCACCCUCCCCGCCGCGAGGGCGCUGCCUGGCGCGGGACCGUACCCAAGCCCGGGAUACUACCCCUGGCUGCCGGGGACUCAGACUUCCAAGUUCGACAGGACGUCCGGAACCGGACCUUGCGGGCGGUGUGCGGGCAACCGGGCAUGCCCCGCGACCCCUGGGACCUACCCGCGGGGCAGCGGCGCACCUUGCUGCGCCACAUCCUCGUGAGUGACCGCUACCGCUUCCUCUACUGUUACGUGCCCAAGGUGGCCUGCUCCAACUGGAAGCGAGUGCUCAAGGUGCUGGCAGGAGUCCUGGAUAGCGUGGACGUCCGCCUCAAAAUGGACCACCGUAACGACCUGGUGUUCCUGGGCGAUCUGCGGCCGGAGGAGAUCCGCUACCGCCUGCAGCACUAUUUCAAGUUCCUAUUUGUGCGCGACCCCUUGGAGCGGCUGCUCUCCGCCUACCGCAACAAGUUCGGUGAGAUCCGCGAGUACCAGCAGCGUUAUGGCGCGGAGAUCGUGAGGCGGUACCGGGCUGGGGCGGGACCUAGUCCCGCCGGAGACGACGUCACCUUCCCCGAGUUUCUGAGAUACCUGGUGGACGAGGACCCUGAGCGCAUGAAUGAGCACUGGAUGCCCGUGUACCACCUGUGCCAGCCUUGUGCCGUGCACUACGACUUCGUGGGCUCCUAUGAGAGGCUGGAGGCUGAUGCCAACCAGGUGCUGGAGUGGGUGCGGGCUCCGCCUCACGUGCGCUUCCCAGCACGCCAGGCCUGGUACCGGCCAGCCAGCCCCGAGAGCCUGCACUAUCACCUCUGCAGCGUCCCCCGCGGCCUGCUGCAGGACGUGCUGCCCAAGUACAUUCUGGACUUCUCCCUCUUUGCCUACCCGCUGCCCAAUGUCACCAGGGAGGCCUGUCACCAGUGAC